AUGAUAGGUACAGACUCCUAUCACAUUAUAAUUGAUCUACAAAACUCAGCAAGGGAUACUACGCCUAUUGAAAUCACAGAAAUUAACAACUCAAUUAUGGGGUUACCGUCACUAGAACCAAUCAAGGCAAAACUGAUCGGUAAUGGAGUAAUACGAUUAUUCAGGGAAUUUGAAGAUGAUGAUUCCGAUGAGGUGGUGUCUCCAGACAUCCAAUCAAAUCCAGGAGAUGAUACUAUGGUGGCGAUAAUUGCAGUACCGACAUAUUUUACAGCAACAGAUCUUCUUGGAUUCAUAGGUGAAAACUACAUGUCUAAUAUUUCCCAUAUAAGAAUAUUGAAAAGCGAUAAACCAAAUAGGUUUUUAGUAUUGAUCAAAUUUAGAGAUAUUGUGAAAGCAGCAGAAUUCCAGUACCAUUAUAACGGAAAGCCGUUCAAUUCAAUGGAACCAGAAACUUGUCACGUAGUGUAUGUGAAAUCUGUACAAUUGAAGAAUCCUACAAAUAAUGAAACAGCAGCAUCAGAAUCAAUGAUCCCGUUUUUGUUACAAGAUCCCUUUACGUCAUCGUCGGCUGUGGCAACAGAUAUUUCAUCCAAUUCAACAAUCGAAAAUGUAAAUUUGAUUGAACUACCUACUUGUCCCGUUUGUUUAGAAAGAAUGGAUGCGACAGUUACUGGAUUACUAACUAUUCCCUGUCAACAUACAUUCCAUUGUCAGUGUCUUACGAAAUGGAAAGAUGACACAUGUCCGGUGUGCAGAUACUCACAUAAUAUUGCCAAUGAAAGAGUACGUCGAUCCACCAACCUAUUUCAACAUUUAAAUAGAAGAGAAUCUUCUUCAACACCGCCAUCUCGACCUCCCACGAUGUUGCUUCAGCAAUCAGGAGAUGAAACUGGGGAAGUUUGUAUGGAAUGUGACCAGACUGACAAUUUAUGGAUUUGUUUAAUAUGUGGCAAUGUCGGAUGCGGUAGGUAUGCGCCAGCACAACAUUCAUUAAAACAUUUUAUUAAUACAGGACAUUGCUUUGCCAUGGAGAUCAACACUAGUAGAGUGUGGGAUUAUGCGGGCGACAAAUACGUUCAUCGGUUGGUUACUAAUGAAAGUGAUGGAAAAUUGGUUGAAUUGCCCGAUAAAGAAGAGAAAGAUGGUAAUAGUAGUUCCAGAAGUAACACCAAUGGAAAUUAUGAUAAAAUUGAUGAAGUGGGUUUUGAGUAUUCGCAAUUGUUAAUUAGUCAAUUGGCAAGUCAAAGAGAGUAUUAUGAAUCUUUGAUGAAUGAACAAAGAGCACCAAAAUCUCGACGUGGAUCUAGUAUUGUUAGAACUACAAGUAACAGCAAUAGCAAUCAAGAAGCAUUAACUGAAUUAGAAAUCAAAGUUGAAGAUUUAACUUCCAAAUUAACCGAUUUUACUGUUAAUCUAAUCCCGUCUUUAAAAGAAAAGAUUCAGGCAAAAGACGAGAAAUUGAAUAAAGUCAUGCGUGAAUUAAAUAUUGCUACCUCGCUUAAUGAUGCAUUAUCUAAGAAAAUUGAACAUUUGAGUAAAGUUACUGAAGAUCAUAAGAAAACUAUUGAUGCACUAACAGAUGAAAAUAAGGGUUUAAAUGAACAAGUUACCGAUUUGAUGUUUUUCUUGGAUAGUCAAGAAAAGUUCAAAAAUGAAUCUCAAGAAGUCAAGGACGGAACUAUCGUUAUUCAACAACCGACAUCAUCACUGACAUCUAGGAAAAAUCGAAGAAAAAGAAAAUAG